AUGGCGUCGUCCUCCAUGCGGUUCCUCGAGGCCUUCGCACGCGCCGCCAAGCGCCAACACGUGUCCGGCCGCGCCCAGCGCGGGCUCUUCGCAGGCCGCGACAAGGCCUUCGGCAACAAUGUGUCGUUCUCCAAGCGCCGGACGCGCCGCGCGUGGAAAGUGAACCACCAGUGGAAAAGUCUCUACUCGGAGACGCUGGACGAGAAAGUUGGGCUCAACGUGACGACGCACACGCUGCGAUGCGUCGACAAGUGCGGCGGACUGGACAACUACCUCCUGAGCCUCAAAGACGAGCGCGCGCUCGGGGUCAAGGGACUGGUGAUCCGCGACCGCAUUCGAACGGCCAUUGCGACGACGACGACGUCGGACGCGUCGACGGGAGACCUGUAG